UAUAGAACGAGACACAGACAGGACUAUAUUCAGCAAAGGAGGCAGCAGAAGACAAUGAUGGACUUGACAACAGGGAUAAAGGAAUGAAGAAGAGAUGACAAAGGAACUAAAAGAGUGGAUUUGGGACCUUUACCCUGGACAGUGAAUGUGACAUUUUGAGAACAAAGUGACAGGAAACUAUUUGAUAGGGUACAGCAUUGGUUCAGGCAUUCUACCAGAGGACGUACGCCAGGAGAUCUCCAGCUUAGGUCUCGAUAACGGCCAAAGUUCAUCUUCAGUUUGCACUCGCCCUACGACGUAGAGACCAAACACAGCAAGAGGAGGUUGGGUUUCCGUACCCAGCUCCGUGUGGACGAGGAGGAAUGAACAACGUUAAGAUAUUCACGAGGGGCACCAACCAAACACGGAACCGGUUUGUAAAGAAAAAUGGACAAUGUAAUGUUGUAUUCACCAACAUGGAUGAAAAGAGGCAGCGCUACCUAGCUGACAUCUUCACCACCUGUGUGGACAUCAGCUGGAGAUACCUGCUGCUUAUAUUCUGCGGCAGCUUCCUGGUCUCCUGGCUUGUCUUUGGGAUUAUCUUCUACAGUGUCUCGCUGGUACAUGGGGACUUUAAGGAGCAACCAAGGGUGAACGAUGAUGGGGUAUCGCACAGAGCGCAGACUCUAAAAACGCCCUGCAUACUUCAUGUCCAUGGCUUUGUUGGGGCGCUCCUUUUCUCCAUGGAGACCCAGACCACCAUUGGUUAUGGCUUGCGCUGCGUUACCGAGGAAUGCCCCGUCACUGUACUAACUGUGGUGGUGCAGUCCAUAGUGGGCUGCAUCAUCGACUCUUUCAUGAUAGGCACAAUCAUGGCAAAGAUGGCACAACCUAAAAAGAGAAACCAGACUCUUGUGUUCUCCAAGAAUGCUGUCAUCGCCCUGCGAGACGGCAAGCUGUGCCUCAUGUGGAGGGUGGGCAACCUGCGUAAGAGCCACAUUGUGGAGGCUCAUGUCCGCGCAAUGCUCAUACGUUCAUACGUUACCAAAGAAGGUGAGUUCAUCCCCUUGGAGCAGAUGGACCUCAACGUUGGCUACGAUAAGGGAACAGACCGGCUGUUUCUAGUAUCCCCACUGGUCAUAAUCCACGAGAUAGAUAGAGAAAGCCCCUUGUAUUCCUUAAAUCGAGCUGAUCUGGAGACGGAUGACUUUGAGAUCAUUGUGAUCUUGGAGGGGAUGGUGGAGGCGACUGCCAUGACCACACAGUUUCGUAGCUCCUUCCUUGCCAGAGAGGUCUUAUGGGGUCACAGGUUUGAGCCCGUGAUCUACGAGGAUGAGGACCGCUACAAAGUAGACUAUUCUAGAUUCCACCAGACCUACGAGGUGCCGUCCACACCCCAUCUCAGCGCCAAAGAACUCGACAAGGCCACGACUACGGCCUCUUCUGCCGUUUCUCCGGUUUCUACUUGUAGAACCAAGCAAUACCUGAUUACCAGGUCGCUGAGCGCCUUCUGUUACGAGAACGAGGUGGCAUUGAGCUGUGGAGAGGAAGAGGAUGAGGUCUUUGAUGCCCAGAGUUCAGAGGACAGUUCAGUUUCGGUAGACCUACAACAUAUGUUCCAGGACACUGCGACCAGGACAUCAGGCAGUCGCAGCGUCAUGUGCGUUCUGGACAUGGACAAUAACCAGAUGGAGUUUGACAUCCUGCAGACUGCAGUCCCCCUUGAUCCAGUGACCUAUAAGAGCGAGAAAGAGACCUGAAGGUUGUCAUGUAUCGAACUUUGUAUUCACCCACAAACCCUAGAACUACAUAGACCUGAAGAAGGAUUGUGUGGUGGCGUGUUCAGCUUUAGAUUGAACAUACAGAUGGUUUGUCAAAUGUUGCCUUGCCAGUGUUGUUGAGGAAAUGGUUUCUCUUUUCAUUAAGAUUAGAAAUUACGAAAAAACACUCUGCAUAUUCCUAAAUACCUUUGGCCACUGCAUUCCUUGAAGAUCUGUUAUAAGCAACCCAACUGAUUCUGUGCUAAUGGCCCUUUAUUAUGAUUGCAUAACAACAGGAAAGCACAAUGACAGUAAAAGUCCUGUUUUUUACUGGAUGUGUUUUUGACAUAGCAAAAGUAAACCGGAGAUUUGAUGAAAGUAAUUUCAGUUUUGAUGUAUCUUCAUUUUAUUAAGAGGACUAAGACAAGACUUUAAGUGUACAUUUUUACAGAUGCACUGUUUAAUCAAAGUCUGUUUAAAUUACGCUUGAUAACCUUCAUGUUGAUUAUGACAUUCAAUGAUUGUUACACAUACAGUUUCUUGUAGAGUCUGCUUUUUGCACUUCUUCCUGUAAAUCGUAUAUACUUUAUUUAGAUUACAAUAGCAAUAGCAAUGUUAUUUUUGCUGUACAGUUAGCACUUCAGGACCAUUUCAAGUUUAGUCACUAAUUGUAGCAGGAGUAUUUCCAUGAAGUUAGUAGACUUCAUUUCUGACAAAUGCCUUGAUUUAAUGCGAUUUAAAAAUCACUACAUUUUUAAAUGUUAUUUUUAAAUAUCUUAGUCCUUCUAAAAACAAAGCUACGUUUGGAAAUAGUGUUUUAACAAGCUCAGCGUCAUUUUACAUUUAGUAGUAACCAAGACCUGUAUUAGAUCAAAUAUACUAAAAAGGAGUAUACGUGUUAUCAAUAUACAUCAAAGUACAUUUUGUUCACUUCACAAAACGCACUUUAUUCCUACUUGUUUACCUUUUAAUGUUGUAAAUAAAAA